AUGGCCCACCUCGCUGCCGCUUUCAGCUCCCUCGCCCUACUCCUCCUCUCCUCCGCUUCCGGACUGUCUCCCAUCAGGCGACCCACAGCCGCCGCGAUCUCCUCCGCCUUCACCGUCUCCCUUUCUAAUUCCCCCAGAGCGUUAGUCUUCACCCCAAUAUCGACGCCGACCUUCAGCAAGUCAACCAGCAGUCUCUCGUUAAAGAACUGGUCGGCGAAUAUCGGCCAUGUCACGACCGGCAACCCGGCGGCGACGCUCUCCAGGCUCGAGUUCCAGCCGCAGUGAGUCAGAAAGCCUCCGACGGCCACGUGGUUGAGGAUAAGAACUUGCGGAGCCCAUCCCCGGAUGAUCAUGCCCGUACCGGAGUCAACCACCCUCUCCUCAAAACUCUCCGGCAGCCACUGGCCGGAGGAAUUCCCUUGUCCGGCGUUCUUCACGACCCAGAUGAAGGGGUGGCCGGAAGAUUCCAAUCCCCCCGCUAUUUCUCGAAGCUGGGUUUCCGUGAAACGAGACAAGCUCCCGAAGCAAACGUACAGAACAGAUCUUUCCGCCUUGGAGUCCAGCCAUGUCAAGCAUCUGGUCUGCUCGAGAGUAGUCCUGCUGCCUCUCAUCGCGUUGUCGGCUGCAUCUUCAUUGCGUAGAAACACUGGCCCGAUAUGCCAGGCCUUCCUUCCAAUCACAUUCCUGUAGUGGUCGGCGUAGUCGGGCUCCAGCUCGUAGAAGCUGUUGACUACUGUGCCGUAGCUCCUCCCCUCGGCCUCCUUCAUUUUCAUGAACACGUCGGGGAAGUCUGGUCUCAUCUUUUUCGCAUCGAAGAGUUGGCUUCUGAUUAGCUCUAUUCGGUGAGGAAUCCCGGGGAUGACGAUGCGAUCGCCACUAUCUGCGCUGCUCUCCUGGGUGUCGGUUGAGAGAUUGAUUUUGUCACUAAGGCAGAGGGUGAAGAAGCUGCUCCCAUCGAAGACCAGCCUGGGGAUGCCGACCUCCUCCGCCACCUCCGCCGUCCAGGGGUAGAACGAGUCGGUGACGAUGGCAGCAGGGUGGUGGUCCUUAACGAGACGCUCGAAUGAGGGGCGGAGUGCGGAUGUCCUCAUGAGGAAGUCCAUGUGCAUGUCCAGCGUCUUGACUGAGGACAAGCUGUCGGGUAGACCAAUCGCGGAAGAGGACCAUUCGACGAGGAGGGUCCUCACCCGGCGGCCAGCUUCGCUGGAACGGCAGAAGGAGGCCUCAAUGGCCGGUUCUUCGCCUGCGGUGGUGAUAAUGGAGACCCUCACUCCUUUCUCGGCAAACAGUUUGGCUAUGUCGACAGCAGGUAGCAGGUGCCCGGAAGCCAUCAGGGGGAAGAUGAAGAUGUGGAGCUGCUGUCCUUCCGAACCCAUGGCUCUCUCUCUCUCUCUCUCUCUCUCGGUGUUUCUCUCUCUAUCCUGUUUCUCUCGUUCUAUGUAGGCAGUGGGUUAUAGGGGCGGGAAGUCCGUCAUUCCGUCACCGCUGACGUAGGAGAACUCAAUGCGUCUGCUAUUUGUAGGCCACUUGUCGUCUCGGGGUUUGGGACGUCAGAUUCUGGAUUGGGUGAUUUGAACAAUCAAUCUCGAUACAGUCCCACCUUCGCGGCUCUUCUGCCACCACAGGCAUUGCUGUCGUCACUGUUGAGGGAUCAUAAUCAAAAUAUCAGGAUUACUCUAUACAAAAUAAAAUAAAAUUACAUAUAGAUAUGAAAAUACUCUCGAAUGCCAACCAAAUGGCAAAACCAUAAAAUUGGAACAAAAAAAGAAAUGAGCACUGUUGACCCCAAAGAUAAGUUUCAUAAUAAGAGUUGACAAGUACAUCUUUGUAUUUUGACCCUCUUUGUGCAGACUUCGAAAUAUGUGAAUGUCAUUCUGAAAACACAUUCAUCAAGACUCCACAAGAAUUAGUCAAUUGUUUCACAAUGUAGAUGUAUUGAGAAUCAAAUUCAAUUUGUGAUGGGGACCACACCAUAAGAUAAUGGAAUAUAGGUGCUCAAUAGCAUAAUAUAAUCAUUCAUUAAUAAAUGACAAAGCUUCAUUUCAAAUUUCAGAUCAAUCUGACAACUAUUCACGAUAAUUCACGAUUUUAGUAUCAUCGUUCGUUUAGUUCUGAAUUUCCGGUUUUUCCGUCAUUUUUCUUGUCGGCUCCUUGCGUGACAGGAAGGCCAACGGUCAACCGAUCUCUCCCCGCUGUUAUUAUUUUAUUAUUUUCAUCAUAAUAAAUUCACGAAGAUUCAGAAAAAACAUCUUAAAAAUUCAGAAAAUUUCCUUAGAAUUCAAACUAAAAUAUCAAAAAUUAAAGAAAAUUUAUAAAACAUCUCAAGUCAUUCCAUAAUUCUAAAUAUUAAAAUUUCAUAUUUAACCAACAUAAUUCACAAUCAUAGUUAACCUUUUAUUUUCAAAUAAAUAUCAAUAACUUAAUUUAAAUGUAUGAAAUUUUGUUUUUCUGAAAAUAUUAUCAAUGUGUAUUUUUAACAAAAUAAACCAUAAACACAUAAAAAAUUAUAUCUUUAAUCAUAUAAUUCAAAGAUUAUCAGUUAACUAUCCUCUUAAGGCCCUUGGUCUAUUAAGGCUAGUGUAAAAAACUUCAUAAAAAGAUCAAUAGCACAAUUAUAUCAAUUCUUAAUCCUGUUUUUUUAUUGUAAAGUUAUUCUUACUAAUCUUAAUUCAUUUAUGAGUUUAUUCAGCAUGUUAUGUAAUGUGAAUAACAAAAAAUAUUGAUUUAUGUGAUGAAAAUAUGAUGCUAACACACCCUACAACUUGAAUUAUUUCUAGUCUCCUAGCAAUCAACUUAGAGAAUUAAGUAAAUAGUAAUAGUGAUUCAAAAACAUCUUUCAAACAAAAAAAAAAUUACUAAAGAGAUUUAGUUUAGGAAUGCAUCAUACUUCCUUUUCAUCUCUACAUAGACUUGACACAUGGUUUGAAAACAUUACGUAAUAGACAAUUGAGAAUUCUUAUUUAACACUUAAGAUACUUCUCAAUUCUAUAGCUCUCAACCAUUUUCUUUAUAUUUUUAAGGAUUGAUAGCCCCUUUUGCUUUCUUUCAAACCAACUUUGGAGCUUUCAUUUUGUCCUUUUUUUUUUUUGGAAGACAAGUAACUUUUUCCCAUAUGAGAUUUGCUUUGUUGUAUAUUUCUUUGUCAGAAUUUCUCACUUUGGAGCUUCACACUGUUAGUCAUUUCUAAUAAUUGAAGUAGUUUAUUUCCUCCAGAUUUUUUUUCUGGUUGAGAAAAAUAGAACCUUAUUUAUGCUCAAGUGUUCAAUGAGAUUUGUGUUAUCUAUUGGAUGUUCUCUACUAGAUCAUGAAAUGCAGGUCUAUCAAAUUUGAAAAUGAAAAUUCUCAUGUACCCAAGGAGUGAUCUAACUUUAAUUAUUGCUUCCUCUCUUUUGAACUUGUCACAUUUAGUUUAACAUGUCAUGAAAUAAGUUAAAUUAAUUGAAUUUUGUACUUGAAUGCGACACAAAGUAGAAAUGGUAUAAAACUAUUUGGUGAUUUCAAAAACUUGUUUGCUCACUCAUGCUUCACCCUUCAACUUGAUAUUGUCCUCGGUGGCAUAAAACUAGUACAAUUAAAAUUGAUGAGAUUGAGUAGAUAGAACUUGGUUUUGCUUAUAGCCAAGCAUCAAUAUUCUUAUGAACUCUCUUUUGCUUAGUUAUUACCUACUUUGGUUUCUCUUGUGAAUACACAAAAGGAGACAAAAAAAAAAAGAGAUUGACAUAAUAUCUAGUGUGUUGCCUCUUGCUCUGUGCUAAGUUUAAUAUCGUCAACCAAACAUUCUUUUGAGUUUUUACUAUGAGUCAAUCAAAGUUUGGCUAGGUUUAAAUUUUUUUUCUCUCAUUAUCAUAUAUGUUAAGGCAUUAUCCAUUGACUGUUGAAAUCUGCUCACUUUUUUGGCUCAAGGAUCCUCACUAUUCCAUUAUCAGAAUACAUUUAGCACAUUGUAUAAGCCAUCUCAUCUUGAUUUCAAUUUUCUCAUAAACAGUUUGAGUCUUGGAUUAAAUAACAAGACUUUGUCUUUUAAAAAUCGAUUUCCUAUGAAUACUUAUCACGUAGCGUCUUCAGCCAUCUGCCCCAACAUGAAGGGUACUACAAUCAUAGUAACCUUGCAGCUCCACGAGAAACAAACACAACAAUAAAACAGUACAAUAAUUGCAAGAAGACAUUAGGCCUAGAUGUUAGAAGCAAAAAAAAUGUUAUUUAAAAAAUUGGAAAAAGACAAAUGUGAGACUAUAAAAAUGGUGCUGGAUCUAAUGAGGCCAUGAUUUGGAGUGGUUGGGUGAGGGUUGGACUUAAUCUCUUGUAGAAUAUGUGAAGAUAAAAGAAGAAUAUGAAAAAACAGAUGGGGGAUGCUAUAAACUUAUAUGAGGUGCCAUUGUAUGAAUGAUUAAGAGGAUUAAAAAAAUUCACUGAAGGAUGUUGAUAUGCCCUUCUAAUCUACUUACUCAUUAUAGAGCUUUUUUAAGUUUUCCUAUCAAUGUAUAGAAAACAUUGAAUAAGAGGGGUUAACUCAUGUCUAAUGGAUUCACAACUUUAGGAACUUGGAUGACUUGUCUUAUUUCCUAAUUCAUGGUUUUACAUAAUGAGAAACUAGAGAUUUUGUGCUAACAAGCACUUCCUGCUGGUGAUAGACAUUUAUUGAUGUAAAUCAAACAACAUCAAAAGGAAACAAAUUUGUUGUGGUUUUUAAAGCCAUACAAAUUUUGAUGUUGAAAUCGUACAUAUUAAAUUCUAAUUUUAAUUUUAUGUCACCAAUUUUUCCUUAGUAGAUAUUGAAAUAUUGCAAAAAAUUCUAAGACCUAUUAAAGGUUUUUGAGAUUUUAGAGCUAUUUAUGAGCUCUUGUUUGUCUUUUCUUAAUCAGUAAUGGAAAGUUGACUCAAUUAGAAAAAGAGUUGGUAUACUCAUGUGACAAAUGCACCUCAUAAAGGUUAAUGAGAAUCUUAUACUAUUAGAAUGAUUAUCUAUAAAUAUAUUUUCAAUAUUCUAAAUGAACCCAUGGAAAAUUUAAUUUUGUAUUAGGGUUUUCUUUUUCCUUUUAAAAAUUAUAUCUUCAUUUCCUAUUAGAAAUUUAAUCAGUUGAUAAAUUUUCUAUAAGGAAGACUUAUGCGUCAUCUUUGCUAUUGCUAUAACAUAACAGGUAGAAAAGCUAGAAUUGCUACACUCCAACCAACUAGCUAUUGGCAACUUACAUCUAGAGUGACCAAUUGUUAAAAUGCCCUUUUCUUAUUUUCCAUGUUAUAUGUUUUCAGAAAAUUACUUUUCAUAAAAGAUUUAGUUAACAAGACAAAGCUUCCCAAACUUAAAUUCUACAUCAAAAAUUGUCAAAACUCUAUUUCGAUUGCUAGAAUGCUCCAUUACGACAAGUUUCUAGAAAGGACUCGACUUGUAAAUGAAACUAAAUCUAUUAAAAUAUUUGACAAGAUGCAUAACUAGAUGAACAAAAAAAUUGAGACACCUAUGAGCUGGCCAAUUAGUUAGCACUAGAAUAAUGAUUUUAUUAUUUAUCCUAACAUUUAUUAGCAAGAUUACCCAUACAAAGUUGUCUUAUAAUUACUUUUGUAACUAUUCAAGAGAGCCAAUGAUGGAUGUUCUUGGAGCAAUGUAUAUGGGAAAGAUAUUGGGAUCUUUUGAUUAUUUUAUAUCUUUAUGGGACUUAGAAUCUCUAGAAGUCAACGAUAACCUCCUACAUGAAGAGGGCUAAUUCUCUAUAGUGUCCACCAUAGGCUCUGACCAAUUGCUUGCCUGACAGCUCCUGUAUCUUGCAACCCAGGUGGACGUAAGAUGAGCCUCCCUCUUCAAUUUCCCACCUCGCAGCCGCUUGGAGCUCCCUCGCCUUACCCCUCAUCUCCUCUGCUUCUUGACUAAUUCCCAUAAGUCGACACACAAUCGCCGCGAUCUCCUCCACCUUCACUGCUGUCUGAUUGUCUUUUUGAAUAGAGAAAAACUUCAGCUCAAUCCCUAUGCCAAUCUUCAGCACGUCCACCAGCAGCCUCACACUGUAGAAUUAGUCUACCGCCAUUGACCAGGUCGCCACUGAUGGCCUGGUGGUGAUGCUUAUUAAAUCUAAAGGAUUUAGUGUUGACAUAAAUAGAGAAUGGUAAAACAUAUUAACAAUGGAAUAAAAUCAAACCUAAAUUCAUGAAGGUGCAAAUAUGAGGAUGACCUUUUAGAUUAGCACAAGAGAGUUGUCUAAUGACUUUCUCUAGAGAGAUGGGAUGCUUUAAGAGUGACUCACAAUGUGCAACCCAAGGACCAUGACCCUUAUUUAAGGACAAAAGAGGUUAGCCUCUUAGUGUCUUUUUCUAAUUUUGCUCAUCAUAAAAGUAGAGUAAGACCUGGUCUCUAUAUAUAUUUAUAUAUUUAUGUCAAUACUUAUAAAAUAUCAUAAUCUUAAAUACUUAAACUCCAAUGAAUCACUUUAAAUAGAAUUAACUGAAUGAUAGUCCCAUAAUAUAUAAUACAUAUAUAUCAUUGUCCACAUUAGGAUUAUUUAUAAUAAUCUAUAACUUGGACAAAAUAUAUAUGAUAACUUGAUAUUGUACAUUAUAAUCUUAUGAGUUCAAAAUUUUACUAUCAUUGCCAAAGAUAUCUCUAAUAAACUCGUCCAUCAUUAUACUAAUAUAGAAGUAAAGGAGUUCUUAUUCACAUUUCUUACAUGAUUAAACUCAAUAAUAAUCACAUAUAUUGAUAUAAUGAAUGACAUAGAUUAAGUAUAGAUAUGUAGUAUAAAAAAAUACAUGAAAUGUGACUUAUAUAUGUAUAUUUUUAAUUUAGUCCUUCUUAUUUCAAAUAGAGAUCAAAUAAACAUAUUCAAAGUGGAAAUAAUCAUAAAAUUUAUUUAUUCAUGGAAUAACCAAAGUAUAUGUCUAUAAAUGUAUGAGCAUUAAAGUACAAACUCCUACUAAAAUUACAUAUCAUCAUGAGGUAUUACACUCAUAUGAGAAGUAUGCUUAUGAAAGACUUUUGAUGACAAUCAUUUAGUAAGUGGAUUUACUACCAUAGAGUUUAUCUUAAUAUGUUUUAUAGAUAUAUAGUCAUUCUAAACUCUUUUCUUUAACAAUUAAGAACUUGAUGUCUAUAUGUUUAGACUUCGUCUGACUCCUAUUGUUAUUAAAAAAUAUUUUUAUGACUAAUUUAUUGUUACAAAAUAACUUUAGUGAUCUUUUUUCAAUUUUAUCCACUAAAAGUUAUAUCUAUCUAUUAUGAUUUCAAAUUCCUAAUGGAUUGUCUACUAUUAGUGUAUCUAGUUAAAUCAUAAUCUAAAUACUCAAUGAUCCCUAAAUAAUCUGAUUAUUUAUAUGUGAGUAUAUAGUUCUUUGUCUUUUGUAAAUAUUAUAUAACUCGUUUUGUUGUUUCUCAAUGAUUCACACUAAGGUUGCUUAAAUAUCUACUUAGUACUCCAAUUAUGUAUGCAAUAUCUAGAUGCAUAUAUACUUAAGUAUACAUAAAUCUUCCAAUGACUACUGCAUAAAGAAUCUCAUACAUCUCUUUAGUUUCAUAAUCAUUAUUAAGGUACUAACUAAGACUAAACUUGUCUCUUUUAGCAACAUGGGUAUCAUAAGGUUUACAUCCUUACAUACUAAAUCUCAAAAGGACUUUCUCGAUAUAAUUUUUUAUGACAACCUCAAGAUAUUUCGAAGGUGAUUUCAAUAUAUCUCCAUACCAAUGUAAAAGAGGCUUUACCAAAAUCAUUCAUCUCAAAAUUCUUUGAUAAAAACUUUUUGGUGUCACAUAAUAAGCCUAUAUAAUUACUAAAAAGUAAUAUGUCAUCGACAUAUAAGAUCAAAAAUAUAUGUUUACUCUCACUGAACUUAUGAUACACACAUUCAUCACUUAUAUUCAUCUCAAAAUCAAAUGAGAUGAUAACUUGAUGAAAUUUAUGAUAUCAUUGACGAGAAGCUUGUUUUAACCUAUAGAUAUACUUUUUUAAUCUGUAUAUAAUUUUCUUUAGGUUUUCAGACGCAAAAUUUCUAGUUAUAUUAUAUAUAUUAUUUCAUCAAUGUCACUAUUGAGAAAUAGUCUUUACAUCUGUUUGAUAUAACUCAAGAUCAAAGUGAGUUAUUAGUGUCGUUAUUAUUCUAACAGAGACUUUUGAUGAAAUCACAGAGAAAGUCUCUAUACAAUCAGUACCUUCUCUUUGAGUGAAUUACUUAGCAACCAGAUGAGUUUUACAUUAUCUUUUACAAUUAAUAGGCUUUACACCUUCAAAUAAUGGGAUAAGAUCCCAAAUCUUAUUGUCUUUUAUGAAUUUAAUCUCUUUAUUUAACAUCAAUUCACUUAUAAAAAUUAGAACUUUAUGUGACUUGAUGAAAAUUGAUAGGAUCAUCUUCCAUCAUCCAAAUGUUGACCUUAUAUUCUAAUAGAAAUAUGAUAUAAUCCUCUGAAAUCACAUUCCUCCUCUCUAGUGGAUCUUCUUAAUGACACUAAUUUUUCAAUAUGUUGAGUUUAUUCUUCUGAAAUAGAAAGCAUGAUGACAUUACUUGAAAUGACUUGACCUAUAUAUGAAACUAAAUCUAUUAAAAUAAUUGACAAUAUACAUAAUUGGAUGAAUAAAAAAAAUGAGACACUGAUGGACUGGUAAAAUAAUUGGCACUGAAAUAAUGAUUUUUUUAUUUACUACAACUUUCAUUUAACGAGUCCUCUUUACCUUUACUCUGGUAACUGUUCAAGAGAGCCAAUGAUGGAUGUUUUCGGUAACCCUCCUCUUGACAUGGAGGGUUCAUGGUCUCGUUAGCGUCCGCCACGGGAUCCGACCCCUUGCUUGUCCGACAGCUCCUGUAUCAGGGGACCCACGUCUACGUAAGACGAACCUCCCUCUUCCAUUGCCCGCCUCGCCGCCGCUUUGAACUCGCUCAUAUCCUCCGCGUCUGGACUGUCUCCCUUAAGUCGACCCACGGCCGCCGCGAUUUCAUCCGCCUUCACCGUUGGCCUACCUUCUUUCCGAAUAGACCAGACCUUCACCCCGAUCCCAGCGCCAAUCUUCAGCACGUCCACCAGCAGCCUCUCGUUGUAGAAUUGGUCGGCUUCCAUCGGCCAGGUCACCACUGGCAGCCCGACGGCGAUGCUCUCCAGGCUUGAGUUCCAGCCGCAGUGGGUCAUAAACCCUCCCACGGCCACGCGGUUGAAGAUAAGAACUUGA